AUGGCUUGUCAAUAAAAUAAAAUGAAAAUGUAUUGUUAUUGUUUAGUUUUUUAACUUAUUUAGUUUAGAAUUAUUAAUGUAUUUGAUAAAUUAGAUUUUCUAUAAUUUAAUAAAAGAAAAUCUUAAACAUGAAUUUGGAAUUACUCGAAUCCUUUGGGCAGAAUUAUCCUGAGGAAUUUGAUGGAACAUUAGAUUCUUUAUCUAUAGCUGUUACAUGUGCCUUUAAUAAGAGGGGCACACUACUAGCAGUGGGCUGUAAUGAUGGAAGAAUAGUUAUUUGGGAUUUUCUCACAAGAGGAAUCGCCAAAAUUGUAUCGGCUCACGUACAUCCUGUUUGUAGUAUAAGUUGGUCUCGCAAUGGACAUAAACUAGCAUCAGCUUCUACAGACAAUACUGUUUGUAUUUGGGACGUUUUGACUGGAGAAUGUGAACAAAAAUACAGGUUUCCUUGUCCAGUUUUGAAGGUUCAAUUUGAACCACGUAACUUAGGGAGAUUAUUGGUUUGUCCAAUGAAACAUGCAGCAGUUUUGGUUGAUACAAAUGGGGGCCACCAGGUAUUGCCUGUAGAUGAGGAUGGAGAUUUAAAUAUUGUAGCUUCGUUUGAUAGAAGAGGUGAUUAUGUAUAUACAGGAAAUGCAAAAGGAAAAGUUCUAGUUAUGGACGCAAAAACAUUAGAUAUAAAAGCUAGUUUUAGAAUUGUGUUAGGUACUUCUAGUGCUACGGCAGUUAAAAGUAUUGAAUUUGCAAGAAGAGGAGAAAAUUUUUUAAUAAACACAGCUGACAGAGUUAUUAGGGUAUAUGACAGUAAAGAAGUAUUAACUUAUGGAAAAGAUGGUGAACCUGAACCAAUUCAAAAACUACAAGACUUGGUUAACAAGACCAUGUGGAAAAAAUGUUGUUUUUCUGGUGAUGGUGAAUAUAUUUGUGCUGGGUCAGCCAGGCAACAUGCCAUCUAUAUUUGGGAAAAAUCAAUAGGAAAUUUGGUAAAAAUUCUACAUGGUACAAAAGGUGAACUUCUUGUUGACUUAGCUUGGCAUCCUGUAAGACCUAUCAUAGCAAGUAUAUCAUCAGGUGUUGUGAGUGUAUGGGCACAAAAUCAAGUAGAAAAUUGGUCAGCAUUUGCGCCAGAUUUCAAAGAACUGGAUGAAAAUGUUGAAUAUGAAGAGAGAGAAAGUGAAUUUGAUUUAACCGAUGAAGAUAAAUCAGUUGCCAGUGGCGGAGAUGACAAGGAAGACACGGAUUUAGAGGUUGAUGUUUGUGGAAUUGAAAAAGUAACGGCUUUCUGUAGUAGCGACGAGGAAGAUGAAAAUACGGAUUGUCUUCAGUUCCUUCCAAUAUCUCCAGAAGUGGAAGACCCUGAGGAUAAUUGGACACCCACUGACACAAAUACAGUCCCUGUAAAUCAAAAUACUGGUCCACCACCGGCAAAGAAGAAAAAAUACAAAUCUUAUGACAUUGCCUUAGAAAAUAUCGCCGAUGGAGAAGUUCAUCCAUUAAUAAGCAAUAAAUCUAAGGAUAAACAAAUGGGAGGCGUUAAGAAGGGAGUAGGAAGGCCUAGAAAAUGAAUAUCAUUCCAAAUUUUUAAACCUAUAAAGUGUGAUUGUGUCUAUUCUCGUCUAUUAUGAACUUUUAAUAAUAAAUUUAUCUUUAUAUCAACAAUAUAUUUUGUCUACUAUUUUACAACAUUUUUCAUUUACAUUAUAAAAAAAUGAUAACAAAAACAUUACUGGAAAAAACGCCCGUAUUUCUAGAAAUAAUCACAUUUAGAAAUGGCACUUAUAUAUAAUAAAA